CUAUCAGUUAGCUUUCUACCCCGGAAAUCUAAGGAUAGCAAGAGAAACAACAUUGGCAAUAUGACGGACAAAACGGCGAAGUAUCGGACGGAGAUCCAGCAGAUGAUGUAUGUCUCUGGGGAGACCGCUGAAGCCUCGGCCGAGACCACGGGCAUGAUUGAGGAGAUCGUACGUCAACAAGUCAUUGAAAUGCUCCGACAAUGCACCGAGCAAGCUUCUCGCCGUGGUAGCAGGUCAAUUUCUACCGAUGACUUGAUCUUCCUCAUCCGUCACGACCAGGCUAAGGUGUCUCGUCUACGUACCUUUCUCUCCUGGAAGGAUGUCCGGAAGAACGUUAAAGAUUCCGAUGACAAAGGUGGCGAUGCCGACCUGGGAACUGGUGAUGAACCUGGUGGAGCAGCAGCAGGUCCCGUCGUAGAUACCGCCAAGAAGAACAAGAAGGCCAAGGUUGGUCUGCCUUGGGAAGUGCCAUCACUUUACAACCAAGAAGUUCCCGAGAGAGAAGAUGAAGAGGAUGAGGAUGAGGAGGAGAUGAAUUAUGCAACUCUACAACGUCUUAAGAAAGCCGACGAGCGCACAAAGGCCAUGACGAAGGAGGAGUACGUCACGUGGUCAGAAUACCGACAAGCUUCCUUCACAUUCCGCAAGGGCAAGCGGUUCAAGGAGUGGGCAGGCUUUGGCGUUGUCACAGAUUCGAAACCCAAUGAUGACAUAGUCGACAUCCUGGGAUUCUUGACUUUUGAAAUCGUCCAGACCCUCACCGAGGAGGCGCUUAAGAUUAAGGAGCAGGAAGACUUGGGCAAGGCGAACUCGGGUGGAGAGCAGCAAGGGAAGAAACGUAAGCUUCAAGGCCUGUUUGAUCCGCCAUCCGAAGGACGAACUCCUGUUGAAAGCCGACACAUCCAAGAGGCUUUCCGAAGGCUGCAGUCGCGUCCGAAUAAGCAACGUGCUAUGCGCAAUUUCACAAGAGGUCUAAAUAGAACACCCUUGAAGCUGUUCUAAUUUCCUGGUGGCUUUGCAUGGGUUAACGUUUGGCGUUACGGAGGAGGGACGUAUAGGUGUUAUUGUGUGGAUUGGCGUCACGAUACCAGGUUAUAAUUGUAUUUUGUUAAGUAAAAAUUUUGGUUUCGAUUCAAAGGAUGUUGGCGUCAACGCUGAUACUUAUCUGAGACAGCUUGUUCAUAGUGUUAGGAACUACUCACUACGUAGGAAGGCUCAAUCUUCUGCCAUCUCCAUACUUAUGAUAUCUGGUACUGUGGCC